AUGGCGGAGUCGGAGGAGGAGGUGGACGUCUUGGUCCAGAGAGUUGUCAAAGACAUCACUAACGCUUUUAAGAGAAACCCCAACAUUGAUGAGAUUGGGGUGAUCCCGUGUCCAGAGGCCCGUUACAACCGCAGUCCCAUUGUGUUGGUGGAGAACAAGCUGGGUGUUGAGAGCUGGUGUGUCAAGUUCCUGCUGCCAUAUGUCCACAACAAGCUGCUGCUCUACCGCCAGCGCAAACACUGGCUAGAGAGGGAAGCUUUAGCAGAUAUUACCUGCACCGUGUUGCUGCUAAACCCGGACUUCACCACUGCAUGGAACGUCAGGAAGGAGCUCCUGCAGUGUGGAGUUCUUAACACAGAGAAGGACCUCUACCUGGGCAAGCUGGCCCUCACCAAAUUCCCCAAGAGCCCAGAGACGUGGAUACACCGACGCUGGGUGCUGCAGCAGAUCCUGCACCAGUUCUCUGCUGUGGAUCACAGCAGGAAGCAUCAACAGGGUGAAGCAGAGCAGGACGAUGCAGAGAGGAGCCAGCAGCUCAGUGACCAUCUGGCCAGGACGCUCCACCAGGAGAUGAAGGUUUGCUCUGACGCUGCCUGCCGCUAUCCCAGCAACUAUAACGCCUGGUCCCACCGCAUCUGGGUGCUGCAGCACAUGGCCAAGGGCAACAUCAAGGUGUUCCAUGAUGAGUUGUCCUCGAUGCGCCUGUGGGUGUCCAUGCACGUGUCUGACCACAGCGGCUUCCACUACCGUCAGUUCCUGCUCAAGGAGCUGAUCUCUGAGCUCUCCCAGACUCCAGCGUCCCCCACCAACAGUUCACCUCAGCACCGGUGCAGCACAGAGCCCAGCAGCAGCCCCCACCACUGCAGCCACAGCCAAGCUAACGGGGAGGUGCCAGGAGCCGAGGCCGGCGGGGAGGAGGAGAGGCAGCUCAGCGUCACAACGGUCCUUCAGCUCUUCCACCAGGAGAUGGAGCUGUGCUCAGACCUGAUCCAGUCCUUCCCCGGUCACGAGACACUCUGGAGUCACAGGCGGCAUGUCUUCUACUUGUGGCACCAGUGGAGGAGGGAACAUCAGCACAGCAGCAGCAGCUCUGGAGGCAGCAGCUCGCUCCACCUGAACAGCAGCGACCCGGGCGUCAGCGCUCAGAGCUGUGCAGGGAGGGAGGAGAGCGUAAAUGGACAGAAGCACGCUGGAGAGGCCAUGGAGGUGGACGGGGCGUCCUUGCGAAACCCACGUGACAGCAAGCGGUUGAAGAGAGGCGCCCUGCUGGCCAGCCCCCCCGCCCUGCCCUCUGAACGCAGCUUUGUGAGCGAUAUCCUGGACAGCUGCUCCAAUCCUGAGCAGAGACGUUUUGCCCUGGCGUACAAGAAGUGGUUAGACACUGUCAUUGGUCAGCAGCCUUGAGAGAGAGAGAGACAGAGAGAGAGAAAGACAGACAGAGAGAGAAACACAGAGAGAGAGAAGAGUAUGACCCAUCAGUCUUUCUCAACAUUGAAGUUGCCUUUAGACACAGAUUUAGGAUCAGCUUCCCUACCUGUAGGACUGACUUUAACUAACAGUGCUUCAGAUGCAGUGAUGACUUUAGGAAGCAGUCACAGGGCAGCGUGGGUGCUGCUCUUUCUCCUGACAGUGAGCAGAGAGGACAGGGUCUCGGAGUAAGGGAGCUUUGAGGACACGCAGUCUGUUCUUCCUCAGAAACAUCUGGAUUCUCUUGAGCUUGGUCUGAGCCAUUACCGCUUCAGAAUGGAAGUCUGCACACACACAGCCUAUUGGCUCGCUGUGUCUUUGAUUAUUUCAGGUGUCUUAAUGCCUCAGGUCAAAUUGCCACUGCUUUUUUUUUUUUUUUUUUUUAGUGCCAGUUUGGCAUUCAUCUACACAUCUUACUUCAUGUUUGUUCUAAUUUUUCAGCAAACAAACAAAAUGAAGCUUCCACAGGAGGAGAAGAGGUACACUCAGUCAGUCAGUCACUCUGGUUGGACCUGAUUGGGUUGUAAACCAAAAUAGGCAGUGCUAUAUCAAUGAUUCAGACCUGAAAUAAUAAUAAUAUGGAAUACACAAACCAAUUGAUAAAUACAGUAGAAUAAAACACCCAAUGAAUUGUGACAAUUGUUAAGCUCAGUUCCUUAUUAUGAAGAGUUAAUAUAUAAUCUUUUUUUAUUUUAUUUCCCACACAAUUGCUCAAGUAAUAACCUGAAAGCUGAGCAGACAGGAAGUGAAGCAGUGACAAUAUAUGAAAAGUGACAAUGGGAAAAGUGCCAUUCUGAAAUAAAACUACAUUUAAAAAUGCUGUACGCAGCAUUUAGAGCAUA